AUGAAUUUCUGUUCUAUCUUAUUCAUAUGGUUAUGUACAUUAGCAACUGUUGAAAGCAGAUUGUUACAUAAACGACGUCAUCACCAACAUGAAGACACAGGUAAUAGUUAUGAUGAUCAACAAAAUGUGUUUACUGUUGAACGACUAUCACGAUCGUUUGUGAACAAUAUCGUGUGGAGCUACGGUAAGGACAAUUCGGCUGCUUAUUUUAUGGGUUACAAAAUUGAUGGUGCAAGGGCUUCCUCGUUUACUUCACUUGGGGGUGGUUACGGUAAGGAUAGUUCAAGUGCUUAUUUUAAGGGUAAAAAAAUUGACGGUGCAAGUAGUUAUUCGUUCACUGCACUUGGAGGUGGUUACGGCAAGG